GAAGACUGACUUCCCUGGCUGGUUUAAGGCAGACUUGGUGCAUAGUCUUGGGGCGAAGGAUGGGGGUCCUCCUCCUCCUCGUGGUUGAGUAGCUUACGUCCCCGCUUCCGUCCUGUCCCGUCCUCACUCACACCAUAGCUGUCGCAGCCUCCCCGUCACUUGCUCUCAGCCUUCAUGCAUCAUCUCCUGUGAGAUGAUGAAACCAUAGUUAGCAUUGUCAGAAUCAGAACCUUACUUCUCAAGUACGAGUAAACAUUCGCUGCUCUCGCUCAUCAAUGUACAUUACGUGAGCCUUUUGUUUUUUUGUACCUCCAUUGGCAAUGUCGCCCACUAAUCGCGACCUUCAGGAGAUGAGUUGCUCGAGAUAAGAGUUAAACUCAUCAGAGCUGAGUGGGGAAGCGUAUGUUAUGGGAUAGUGAGUUUGAGGGUGCAUCGAAGCGGAAGAAGUGGACGAUUGGGUUCGUAAGCGUGGUGGGGACAUUAUUUCGAAAGGGAGUGCGAUUUGUGCUUUGAGACGAGAUAUUGAGUCAUUCAAUGUAGUGGAAGGAGGGGGCGUGAUAUUCAGGGAUUUUGCAUUCUCCCAAGGGUAUAUUAUUCAGAAUGGAGUAUGGAUGCGAUUCUAUUGCGCUGGAUAUGGACAUUGCCCCAUGGGGAGGACAGGAGUACAUGGUGUCAACCUCAUAUGGCCCCAUUUCAGUCACCGUUUGCGGGGAUCAAGAUAAACCUGCCCUCGUUACCUAUCCUGACGUUGGACUGAAUUAUCUAUCCUGUUUUGAGGGACUGUUCUCUUGUCCCGAGGCAUCGUCGGUGCUCUUUCAUAACUUUUGCAUAUUUCACAUCGACCCACCUGGCCACGAGAUUGGAACACCUGAAAGCAGUCCUGAGAAGCCGCCUUUGUCUGUUGAUGAUUUAGCAGACCAAGUAGCCGAAGUCUUAGAUUACUUCGGACUGGAUGAAGUGAUUGGCAUGGGAGUCACCGGUGGAGCGUAUGUUCUCAGUCUGUUUGCGUGCAAGUAUACGGACCGUGCGUUGGGAUUGAUCUUAGUAUCACCUCUUGCUCGAACCCCAAGUUGGACGGAAUGGCUGAACAAUCAGGCCUUGAUCAGCCUUCUGUAUUUCUGCGGUAUGACCGGAUUCGUCAAAGAGAAGCUACUCCAGCGUUAUUUCAGUGCGGAAGUUCGCGAUGCCUCUGCCGCAGCUGGAGAUACAGAUCCACUAAUGACCUUCCGUCGAUCCAUGGAUGACAGGCGGAGUAAGCAAGUCAUGCACUACUUGCAAGCAAUUCAAUAUAGGCGAGAUUUGACCGAGAAUUUGAAGAAACUGAAGUGUCGAACACUGAUCUUAGUUGGCGACCAAUCUCCAUUUCACCGGGAAGCUGUGCACAUCAGCGAUGCCAUGAACAGACGUUACAAUGCGUUGAUUGAGGUUGAAGGUUGUGGAACUAUAGUAACGGAAGAGCGGCCGCAGUCCAUGCUGAUCCCAAUAGAGUUGUUUCUCACAGGCUAUGCGUUCUAUCAACGCCCGUUGCUAUCCCUUACGUCCAGCCCGAAGAGCCCCCUUAGUCCACCCUGUAUGCCCCCGGAGCUUCUUUCUUCCGAGAGCCUUGGAUUGAAGCUGAAACCCAUCAAGACUCGUGUAUCUUCACCUGUGCAUUAGAAUUUUGAUACAUUUUUAGGCGUUACGCAAUCUUCGACCAUUCUCCGAGAUUGAACUGUUUAACCCAAUUCAAUAGUGCUGCCAACGUGUACCAUUUAAUCAGUGAGAGCAGUCGCGAUCUACAUUGGCGCAGUCUAAGAUGACAAGAAGUUGUGGGCAGUAACUCCCUUUCUCUGCGACCCUCUUGGUAACUUUUAAGCCCCUCUUUACACGAAUAUAUUGACUGAAGAUUCUUGGCGCAUGCCUCCACAUUUGAUAGCUAUGUCCCAUUAUUUGAAUAAUGAAUCUGUACACUAGCAUGACCGCAGUGGUGAUUCCUACGUGCCAACUAUGGUUCCAUGUAACGGUGAUACUACUAUUUGUACAACUCCUGUGAUCACUGAGAGAAGCUUUUAUGGGA